AUACAGUAUAAAGUUCGCUUAGCGUUCAAGCUCUCGCUGCUUGCUUGGUCGAGAAGGAAGAAGGCCGGCGACGACUUUUUCUGGAUGCUAAUUAUAAAUAUUUACAUACAUGCAUAAUGGAUGGUGCUGAAGUAGGCCAUAUGCUCAUGCAAUUCUAUGAAAGAAUCUAUGGAAGUUUCAUGCGCUUUGAGAAAGAAUAUGGAUAUCAGGGCAUUAUUGGUGCAGUUAUUAUUUCUGUUAUUCUACCUUUGAUAUUUUCCACGGUAAUCAUGGGUAGAAAGAAGGUUAAGCAAAGAGCAGUCCCCGUAGAUGUUGGAGGUGAGCCAGGUUUGACUAUGAGGAAUAGUAGAUUUCCUUCGCUAGUUAAGGUUCCUUGGGAUGGUGCCACAACAAUGGCAGCAUUGUUUGAGCAGUCUUGCAGAAAGAAUGCCCAGGAGCGGUUUCUUGGAACAAGAAAGGUGAUUUCGCGGGAGUUUGUUGAAGCUGGUGGCGGUAGGAAAUUUGAGAAGCUACAUCUGGGGAAGUAUGAAUGGGAGACAUAUGGAGCAUCAUUUGAUCGAUCUUGCAAUUUUGCAUCUGGUCUUGCCAAAUUAGGCCACAGCACUGGCAGCCGUGCUGCAAUUUUUUCAGAUACUAGGGCAGAGUGGGUUCUCGCAUUUCAGGGAUGCUUCCGUCAAAAUAUAACAGUUGUAACAAUCUAUGCAUCUCUAGGUGAGGAUGCACUUAUCCACUCUCUUAAUGAGACUCAAGUGUCAGUUCUGAUAUGUGAUUCAAAGCAAAUGAAGAAACUACAAGCAACAAGCUCAAGCUUAGAGAGCAUAGAAACUGUCAUUUAUUUUGAAGAUGAGCCAUUUGAUUCCGCUGUCAAAGAUAACAUGAACAAAUGGAAAGUUCUAUCAUUUAAUGAAGUUGAGGGAAUUGGGAAAGAAAACCCUGCUGCUCCCUCACUACCUUCAAGCACUGAUGUCGCUGUCAUCAUGUAUACAAGUGGAAGCACUGGCCUUCCUAAGGGAGUCAUGAUUACUCAUGGAAACAUAGUGGCUACUGCAGCAGCAGUUACCACCAUCGUUCCAAGGAUAGGAAAUGGUGAUAUUUACUUGGCAUACUUGCCCCUGGCUCAUGUUUUUGAACUAGCAGCUGAGGCUGUAAUGAUGACGUCAGGUGUUGCGAUAGGCUAUGGAUCGCCAUUGACCUUGACUGACACGUCAAAUAAGAUCAAGAAAGGAACACAAGGUGAUGCCUCUAUGUUAAGCCCAACCCUUAUGACAGCCGUUCCUGCAAUUCUAGACCGUGUUCGGGAUGGAGUUCUGAAGAAGAUUGAUGAGAAGGGUGGAAUAUCCAAGAAGCUCUUUAACUUCGUAUACAAACGUCGGCUUACGGCAGUUGAAGGGAAUUAUUGGCUUGGAGCCUGGGGGAUAGAAAGAAUUUUGUGGGAUUCUAUUAUUUUUAAACCGAUACGUUCAAUUCUUGGAGGACAACUGCGGUUCGUUCUUUGUGGCGGAGCUCCUUUAUCUAGUGAUACACAGAGAUUCGUCAAUAUAUGCAUGGGGAUUCCGGUAGGUCAAGGCUAUGGACUAACGGAAACAUGUGCCGGAGCUUGUUUUUCUGAACAUGAUGACCCAAGCGUAGGCCGUGUCGGUCCCCCCAUUCCAUGUUCCUAUAUUAAGCUAGUGUCGUGGGAGGAAGGUGGCUACAGAAUUUCAGAUUCCCCUAUGCCACGAGGUGAAAUUAUAGUCGGUGGAUUCAGUGUAACUAUGGGGUACUUUAAAAAUGAUGAAAAGACCAAUGAGGUUUACAAAGUAGAUGAAAGAGGGAUUCGAUGGUUUUACACAGGAGAUAUUGGGCAGUUUCACCCUGAUGGAUGCCUUGAAAUCAUUGACAGAAAAAAGGAUAUUGUGAAGCUUCAGCAUGGAGAAUACAUCUCUCUUGGAAAGAUUGAGGCAGCAUUGGCAUCAAGCAAAUACGUAGACAACAUUAUGGUCCAUGCUGAUCCUUUCCAUAACUUCUGUGUGGCGUUGGUUGUGCCCUCUCAGAAGGCAGUCGAAGCGUGGGCCAAGAAUUCUGGUGUCCAAUUCAAAGAUUUUCCAGAACUUUGUCAGAAAGAUGAAGUUAUCAAUGAAGUCCUGCAAUCGCUUGUGAAGGCAGCUAAAGUAAUGAAGCUCGACAAGUUUGAAAUACCUGCAAAAAUUACCUUGCUGCCAGAUCCAUGGACUCCAGAAAUAGGACUGGUAACUGCUGCCCUUAAGUUAAAGAGGGAGCAACUGAAGGCAAAAUUCAAACAUGAGCUCCAAAAGCUUUAUGAAUGAAACUGAAGGCGAAGAUCGAGGGAACAACUACUGAAAGCAAAAAAAUUACCUUGCUGGCAUUUCUAUUACUGGUUUUUCUUUUCUUUUCUUUUCUUUCCAUUUCUUUCAUCUUGCCCUUUCUUCCAAACAUUUCUGGAGACAUGCUUCUGCGGAAAUAAGCAAUAUAUUGGUUUUCUUUACUUACGGUUGGUGUGUACACGAUUAACAAAAUAAGUUAUGCCGAAGAUAAUGCAUUAGUUUUGUGGAAAUUGUUGGUUAACCUUCUGGCCGAAGAAAAAUUGCACAAACAAAUAUGAUGAAA